CACUCUGAGAGCCUCUUGCCUCGUCCCCUCCCGACAGCGGUGGGAAGAACGUCGUCUCUCCAGCAAUGCACAUCUCUGUGAUUCUGUUUUGUGCUCUCUGGUCUGCAGUGUCGGCGGAGAACUCAGAUGAUUAUGAGCUCAUGUAUGUGAAUUUGGACAACGAAAUAGACAAUGGACUCCAUCCCACUGAGGACCCCACGCAGUGCGACUGCAGUCGUGAGAACUCCGAGUGGGACAAGCUCUUCACCAUGCUGGAGAACUCGCAGAUGCGGGAGGGCAUGCUGCUGCACGCCACCGAAGCCGUGCUCCAGGGAGAGCUGCAGAAGCUGAGGGCCGAGCUGGGCCGGCUGGCGGGCAGCCUGCAGAGGCUGUGCGCGCCGGAGGCCCCCGCCGAGGACAGGCUGGCCCGGGCGCUGGACGAGCUGCUGCAGGCGAGCCGCGUUGCUGGCCGCCGGCUGGCACGACUGGAAGAGGCCGGGGCGCCGAGACCGCAGGAGGAGGCGGGGCGGGCCCUGGGCGCGGUGCUGGAGGAGCUGCGGCGGACGCGGGCCGACCUCCGAGCUGUGCAGGGCUGGGCAGCCAGCCGCUGGCUGCCGGCAGGUUGUGAAACAGCCAUUUUAUUCCCCACGCGUUCCAAGAAGAUUUUUGCAAGCGUGCAUCCGGUGACACCAAUGAAACUUGAGAGUUUCAGUGCCUGCAUUUGGGUCAAAGCCACAGAAGUAUUAAACAAAACAGUCCUGUUUUCCUAUGGCACAAAGAGGAAUCCAUAUGAGAUCCAGCUGUACCUCAGCUAUCGGUCCAUAAUGCUUGUGGUGGGUGGAGAGGAAAACAGACUGGUCGCUGAUGCUGUGAUUUCCCCAGGAACAUGGACCCAUCUGUGCAGCACCUGGGAUUCAAAGAAAGGGCACAUGGCUUUGUGGGUAAAUGGUGACUUGGUGGCCACCGCUGUUGAUAUGGCCACAGGCCACGUUGUUCCUGAGGGAGGAAUCCUGCAGAUUGGGCAAGAAAAGAAUGGCGUAGGUGGUGGCUUUGAUGAAACAUUAGCCUUCUCUGGCAGACUCACAGGCUUCAAUAUCUGGGAUGGUGUUCUCAGCAACGAAGAGAUAAGAGGGGCCGGAGGAGCAGAGUCCUGUCACAUCCGGGGCAAUGUGGUUGGGUGGGGAGUCACAGAGAUUCAGCCCCACGGAGGAGCGCAGUAUGUUUCUUAAGGGCUGUGAAACUCUACUUGAAGCCAAAGAAAUAAACUCACAUCUUAAACAUACGCCAGUUGAAGGAGAGAGUUGAGAUCAAUCUUUAUUUAUCUUGGCAAAAUACUGAGUAAACAGUUGAAAGGGAGACAUUGGAGAAGGCUUUUGGGGAUAUUGUUACUAGAUUUUAUGCCAUGGUGCUUUCAGAUUAAUGCUAUGUCUUUGUCAGAUAAACUCUCCAAUAAUUAAAAAGGACUGUAUGAAUGAACAGAAGGACAACUGUUUUACUUUUCUUUGGUUAAUUUCAUUUUGGCCUGAGAUGAAUUUUACAUUGGAAGAAUAAUAAAA